AUGUCCAAGCAUUACCUGGUGGACCUUAUGGAGGGAUUGAGCUCAUCAGUGAUAACCCAGCGAAAGGAAUUGAAAGUGACCGCCAGGUUGGACCAGAAAAAGCACAUACCGCUUCAGGGCAGUCGGCGAAAAAGAAAAAAAAGAAAAAACAAGAAGAAAAGCAAGAAAAGCAAAACGGGCCAAGCCACAGGAGGCGCAACCAUCAAGGUGGGGGCAGCAGAGAUUGACGAGUUAUCAGACGUCACAAAUAUGCUCCAGGGGCUGCUAGUGUCGACGAACUUUCCUGACCAAGCAAACGACAACUGA